GGCCGAGAGCUCGGAGGGCGCCGGGGCGGCGCCGGCGGCCCCCGGAGGCGUCGGCGUCGCCGAAGCAGCGGCGCUCCAUCAUCCGCGACCGCGGGCCCAUGUACGACGACCCCACGCUGCCCGAGGGCUGGACGCGCAAGCUCAAGCAGCGCAAGUCCGGCCGCUCGGCCGGCAAGUACGACGUCUACCUGAUCAACCCGCAGGGAAAAGCCUUCCGCUCCAAGGUGGAGCUGAUCGCCUACUUCGAGAAGGUGGGGGACACCUCGCUGGACCCCAACGACUUCGACUUCACCGUGACCGGCCGGGGCAGCCCCUCGCGCCGCGAGCAGCGCCCGCCCAAGAAGCCCAAAUCGCCCAAAAGGCCCCGGCACCGGGCGCGGCCGGGGGCGGCCCAAGGGCAGCGGCGGCGGCGGGGGCAGCGCCCGGCCCAAGUCGGCCGCUGCCGUGUCCGAGGGGGCUCUGCGGCCAAACGGGCGCUGGAGAAGCCCCCCGGCAAGCUGCUGGUCAAGAUGCCAUUUGCCCCGGGCCAGCCGGGCCCCGCGGCCCCGCCGGCCCCGCGGCGGCCGGGCCGCAAGCGCCGUGCCGAGCCGGACAGUCCGGCCGUGCCCAAGAAACGCGGGGCGCAAACCGGCGGGGGGCGGCGGGGCCGGGGGGGCCGGGCGGCCCCGACAAGAAGGCGGCGACUCCCCCCGGCCGUGCAGGAGACAGUGCUGCCCAUCAAGAAGAGGAAGACGAGGGAGACGGUGGUGGUGGAACCGGUGACGAUGGCGGCCACCGCGACCGCCACGACGACGACGACGACGACGCCGCGGCCGCCGCCGACCCCCGCCGGGCCCCCGCGGCCCCCGCAGCGCCCGCAGCCCCGGCCGGCGCAGCAAGGAGGGCAGCCCCAAAGGUCGGGGGGCUCCCCCCGCGCCCCCCCCCGCCGCCCGCCGCCGCCGGAGCCUCCCCAGAGCGGCCCCAAGGACAGCGCCAGCCCCCCCCCCCCGCCGCCCCCCGCCGCCGCCGCCGCCGCCCCCCCCAGGACUUGAGCGGGUGCUCGGAGCAGAGGGGGGGUCCCGCGGCCCCCGACGGCUGCGCCAAGGAGCCCCCUAAGACUCAGCCC